AUGGCGGAUCAAAACAAUGAAUAUCUCGUCCAAUCUGACAAUCCGGAUCAUCCUGCGAAUCUGAUUCCUCGGCUCUGCAAACAAUUCUAUUCCCUCGGAUGGGUCACUGGCACUGGAGGCGGCACAAGCAUUCGCGAGGAUGAUCAUGUCUAUAUUGCUCCGUCUGGUGUACAGAAAGAGCUUAUGAGGCCUGAGAACAUCUUUGUUCUUGCGUACCCGACUCCAAAGUACCCUCCAUCCGCACGACAAUACAUUCGAAAGCCUCUUAAUCUAAAGCCAUCGGCGUGUACACCGUUAUUUCUUACCGCAUUUGAACAUGGUGCCGGUUGCUGUAUCCACACGCAUUCUCAAUGGGCUGUUUUGGUCACUCUGCUCGUCGAGAAGGUUCAUGGCAAGGAGGCAUGCUUCGAAAUCAGCGAAAUCGAGCAAAUCAAAGGUAUCCCCAAAGGUCCGUCAAAAGGUAUGCAUGGCUUCCAUGACACGUUGCGGGUACCAAUCAUCGAGAAUACUCCUUUUGAGGAGGAUUUGACGGAGACUUUGGAGAAAGCUAUCGAGCAAUACCCAGAUACGUAUGCGGUUCUAGUCAGACGACAUGGGAUAUACGUCUGGGGCGACAACGUUGCCAAGGCGAAGACGCAAUGUGAGAGCUUGGAUUACCUCUUCCAGCUCGCUGUGGAAAUGCACAAGCUUGGCUUGCCAUGGACCAUGAGAGGAUGA